AUGACGGCAGCCAACCUGACACAGCAGGGGUCUUCUCGGGUCUCCUGUGGUCUUCAUGGAGAGUACCAGGAGGAGUACAGCAUGGACUCCACCAACGCCCAGGCGUGCGGCAUUCAGCACCUGGAGAGAGCGGGGAAGAACCUGUCCCUCUUCAACGCGCUCUACUUCUGCAUCGUCACCUUCUCCACGGUGGGCUACGGGGACGUCACGCCCCAGAUCUGGCCCUCCCAGCUGCUCGUGGUCAUCCUCAUCUGUGUGGCUCUGGUGGUUCUCCCUCUGCAGUUCGAGGAGCUGGCCUACCUGUGGAUGGAGCGGCAGAAGUCUGGCGGGAACUACAGCCGUCACCGCGCCCAGACGGAGAAGCACGUGGUGCUGUGCGUCAGCUCGCUCAAGAUCGACCUCUUAAUGGACUUCCUCAACGAGUUCUACGCUCACCCCAGACUCCAGGACUACUACGUGGUCAUCCUGUGUCCGACCGAGAUGGACAUCCAGGUCCGGCGGAUCCUGCAGAUCCCCCUGUGGUCUCAGAGGGUCAUCUACCUGCAGGGCUCCGCUCUCAAGGACCAGGACCUGAUGAGGGCCAAGAUGGACGAUGCUGAGGCUUGCUUCAUCCUGAGCAGCAGGAACGAGGUGGACCGCACGGCUGCAGACCACCAGACCAUCCUUAGAGCCUGGGCUGUGAAGGACUUCGCCCCCAACUGCCCCCUCUAUGUCCAGAUACUUAAGCCUGAAAACAAGUUCCACGUCAAGUUCGCCGAUCAUGUGGUGUGUGAGGAGGAGUUCAAGUACGCCAUGUUGGCCCUCAACUGUGUGUGUCCGGCCACCUCCACCCUGGUCACCCUGCUCGUUCAUACCUCCAGAGGACAGGAAGGCCAGAUGUCCCCAGAGCAGUGGCAGAGGACCUACGGACGUUGCUCGGGCAACGAGGUCUACCACAUCCGCCUGGCUGACAGCAAGUUCUUCGGGGAGUACGACGGGAAGAGCUUCACCUACGCCUCCUUCCACGCUCACAAGAAGUACGGCGUGUGUCUGAUUGGCGUCAAGCGGGAGGACAACAAGAGCAUCCUGCUGAACCCCGGUCCCCGCCACAUCAUGGCGGCCCCGGACACCUGCUACUACAUCAACAUCACCAAGGAGGAGAACUCGAGCUUCAUCUUCAAGGAGGAGGAGAAGCAGGGCCUGCCCUCGGCCGGCCUGUACGACGCCCCCUCCCUGCCCGUGCACAGCAUCAUCGCCAGCAUGGGAACGGUGGCCAUGGACCUCCAGCACCCGGAGCCCGAGGAGGACAGCGGCAAGCUGGCUCCGCCCACCGAGAACGGCGGCGGGAGCCGGCGGCCGAGCAUCGCCCCCGUCCUGGAGAUCGCAGACUCCGCCGCCAUCCUGCCCUGCGACCUGCUUAGCGACCAAUCAGAGGACGAGGCCAACCAAUCGGACGAGGAGGGCUCGGUCGGGUCAGACUUCGUCAAAGGCUACCCGCCCAACUCCCCGUACAUCGGCAGCUCCCCCACCCUGUGCCACCUUCUCCCCCAGAAGGCUCCCUUCUGCUGCCUCCGUCUGGACAAGGGCUGCAAGCACAACAGCUUUGAGGACGCCAAGGCCUACGGCUUCAAGAACAAGCUGAUCAUCGUGUCAGCGGAGACGGCAGGGAACGGCCUGUACAACUUCAUCGUGCCCCUGAGAGCCUACUACCGCCCCCGGAAGGAGCUGAACCCCCUCGUGCUGCUGCUGGACUACCCGCCAGACAACCACUUCCUGGAGGCCAUCUGCUGUUUCCCCAUGGUCUACUUCAUGGCUGGAACCAUCGACAACCUGGACAACCUGCUGCAGUGUGGCAUCAUCUACGCUGACAACCUGGUGGUGGUGGACAAGGAGAGCACCAUGAGUGCUGAGGAGGACUACAUGGCCGACGCCAAGACCAUCGUCAACGUUCAGACCAUGUUCAGGUUGUUCCCCAGUCUCAGCAUCAUCACAGAGCUGACACAUCCCUCUAACAUGAGGUUCAUGCAGUUCAGAGCCAAAGACUGCUACUCCCUGGCUCUGUCCAAGCUGGAGAAGAUAGAGCGUGAUAAGGGUUCCAACCUGGCAUUUAUGUUCCGUCUGCCGUUUGCUGCUGGACGAGUGUUCAGUAUCAGUAUGCUGGACACUCUGCUCUACCAGUCUUUCGUGAAGGACUAUAUGAUUGCUAUAGCCAGACUGCUACUGGGGCUGGACACUACGCCUGGUUCUGGGUACCUGUGUGCGGUGAAGGUGACAGAGGAGGACCUGUGGAUCCGGACGUACGGCAGACUGUUCCAGAAGCUGUGCUCCUCCAGUGCUGAGAUUCCAAUAGGCAUCUACCGCACCGAGUCCCACAUGUUCUCGUCCUCUGAGUUCAAGGAUAGUUACCCACAGUCUCAGGUGUCCAUCAACAUCGAGGACGGCGACGAGCGCAGGGGCCCCGACCGCCAGGGGUCCUGGAAGGAGAGGCCCCGCCACAGGAGCUCCUCCGCCAGCGACCAGUCGGAGCACCCGCUCCUCCGGAAGAAGAGCCUGCAGUGGGCUCGCCGCCUGAGCCGCAAGAGCGUCAAGCCCCCCAGCCGGACCGAGCGCAUCUCCCAGCAGCGGCUCAACCUCUACCGGCGCUCGGAGCGCCAGGAGCUGUCGGAGCUGGUGAAGAACCGCAUGAAGCACCUGGGUCUGCCCACAGUGGGAUAUGAUGAGAUGAACGAUCAUCAGAACACUCUGUCCUAUGUGCUGAUCAACCCUCCGCCCGACACCAUGCUGGAGCUCAACGAUGUAGUGUACAUCAUCCGGUCGGACCCGUUGGCUCAUGUGCCAGAUGAGCCCAGCAGCCCGGCGCCAGCCGGCCAGUCCGGCAGCAGCAAGAGCAAGCAUGAGUUUGGCACCGAGAGCAGAGACGAGACCCACCUCUGAGACCUCUCCAUGUCGUUAGACGAGAGAGGGGGGGGGGGGCACCUCUCCCUUCAUGUCCAUCCCCUCUCCCUCCAUCCUCUCUCCCUCCAUCCCCCCUCCUCCCUCCCCAGCCCCUCUCCCUACACCCCCGACCCCAGAAGAUGUUUAACUGAGCUGCUAUUGGAAGGAGGCUGCCGUAAAGGGAAAUCCUUAACCCUCUAACUCCUUCGCCGAAACCCUGUAACCCUCUAACCCUCGAACUCCUUAACUCCCAACCCGAACAAGCCCCUGCUUUCCUCAUCAUGUUUCUCACCUUUUUGCUAUGAGCACAAACUGUUCACCGUUAAAAAUGUCAAAGACUUCAAGGGCCAUUAAAUGAACGUUCACGGUUGUGGGCAUUCACAACGAAGCUUCACCUGUGAGACUGUAAAUCAAGCGUAAAUAGAGAUUAUCGAGAGAAAAUGUAUCAUACUGUGGAGUUCAACCACAAAUGUUUUGCACGCUGUUCUUUUGAUAGCCUUGACUCUAAACUUUUCUCAUGGCCAACACAUCACUCAUUUCAUGACAUUAUCAUUGGGAAGGUACAUUAAUAUUGUACCGUAACUGUUCAGUACCAUAAAUAUUGAGUUUAAAGUAUGUUAUAAUGAUCAUAUUUUCUGUUAGUAUAACAGAUUCCCCUAUCUUUACAAAAAUGUUGACUUUAUUAUGAUGGUGUUUUAAUGUUGAGUUAAGAUAUGUUUGUAAUAUCAUUAUUAGGAUAUUGUUUGCUUACUAACAUGUAUGAAGUCAUCACUGUAAAUAUUCACUUGCACAGUGUUGGCAUUGUUUUGCUAUAUGUAUUGAUGAAACAGGACUUGAACUACUUUUGCACUAAACUCUGUGGGCUUUUCUAGAGCAUUAUAGCAUGACCCUUUAAUUGUGAACUAUACAAUAAAGACAGAUAGUAUUGCUCAAGACACAAUAGCAACAGCCACAGCUUGAAUCCGGGAUGGCCCAGACAUAAGUCACCUGGGUUACAUGGAAGUUCCUAGUUGUAAGUUAAAUGAUGUGCCAUUGUAAACCAAAUUGUUUCCUAUUGUGUGUGCCAUUUGUUUGUGUAAAGGGCGACGUAAAGGAGACCACGUCUCCCUGGAUGAUCUGCUGAAGUACAGAACUAUGUUCAACUCUGCUCCACAACAAGCCAAGCCCUUCGGAGGGGCAGUUUACACCAGUUGAAGACUGACAGCAAACCUACGGAAGCUUUGGAUUGGUGUACAGCCUGUCUUCAACCCACAGGGCAUUUAGGAAGCAGCACUCAUUCAAACCGUUUGUUGUUCACAAAGAUCAUACUAUGAUAUAAGGGCAUGCUGACACAAAAAGCAUGUUUUUUAGAUAAAGCUCGCUAAAAUCAGAAGUUUUUGUACAGUUAGCAAAACAACUGGUGUGAAUCAUCAUGACUAUUACAUGAUUAGUUGUUGAUUUUUUGUUGUUUCCUGCUCGUAAUUUUAAAUGGUAUUGUUUGAUACUGUAUAUUUGUAUUGGACUGUGCAUGUCCUCCAGUGUAUCAAAAUGUUUGGUUCGUCCUUACAAUAUCAUUUUUUAAAAAUUAUUUGUUUAAAAAGAAUGAUCCAUUUUGUACUAUUUCUAACAGGAGUCGGUGUACUUCUCAACAGUGUAUAAAUUAUGAAUCAAUAAAUGCUGCAUGCAGCCGCCUG